CUAAGGAGUGGCUGCUUAGUUCACUCAUAAAGUCUGUGUUUUGAUUCUUCGUUUUUUGUAAAUCCAAAAUCCGAGCCCUACCCUUUGUCUCUGAAUAUUUGCAAUGGUGAAAGGAAGUGAAAGCGGUGCAGUUCCUGAAGGGGUUAUGGAUGCAGUCAACAGCACCCUCUCCAACCUCCAACAACUCCGAACGCACUUUCAACACUUUCUGUCUCUCUCCGACCCUCAACUUCUCUCCCAAAUGCCACCUCUUCAGCGCGCUCACUCUCUCUUCAUCUUCUCCAAAAUCACUUCUACCCUCCUCGCACUGAACGUGAGGUGCAGUGGUGUCCACCCAGAUGACCACCCCGUCAAAUCAGAGCUCGAUAGGUUGGACGUGUACGAGGACAAACUGGAACGGUUGCUUGAUUUGAGUAGAGCUCCACUACGACCUUCUACUACCUUGAAUUAUCAGGCUGCUACUCGCUUCAUAGAGCACUCUCUGCCUGACCUAACUCCAGAGCAAAGGGAAAAUAUGAGGAACAUUAGUAGAGGGGAGAGACCAAAGAUGAACCAUCUAGGUCGUGCAGGUCAAAAGAGGAAGUAUCAAUCUUCUGAGAAACAACAAUCUGUUCAAACGGCUGCCAAGGAGUUUCUGGAGAAAGCAGCCCGGGAGCUUCUUGGUGACAACAGUGGCGGUAUUAAGGGACCAUUACAAGUUGACAUUUCGGAGGAUGAUGAUGAUGAAUUGCCUGUGUCCUGAUCUUCCUGAAUUCUGGCCUUUGAUACUUCUAGAUAAUAAAAAAAAUGUGAAAGGGGAUGUUGUGUACCCUGAACCUGAAGAUUUUGUCUCAUGCUCAAAGGGUCUCUUGCUGAAGACACAAUUGCUGCAGCAUUUCCUGCAUCUCGAGCAAUUCUUUCUUGAAAGAUUGCUGCUUCUUGGAGUCUUGUUUCUUUAGGGAACUUGUCCCUGAUCAGAUGUGUGGGAAAUUGGUAUGGCUGAGUCUAUAACAUUGGUCUCGCUCAUCAAUGGGGUUGUUUUCUCCUUCAGUGCCCCUUCCCCUCUUUGUGGCACUUUGAUGUUUUGCUCACCAAGGUGUUUGUAUUUUUCUCAUUGAAGGCAGAUUUAUAGUUUUGGUUUAUUGUAACUUCCUUUGAUGUAAGC